GCAGCGGUCGUCGACGCUACUCACUCAUGCACGAUACAUACAAAUGGCAUUGAUGACUCUAGCGCGACGCUAUUCACUAAACGCGCAAAGAUUCUUUACGCGCACGUGCGGGCGAUGCUUAGUCGGAAACACGCGGACAGCUCUCUUGUGGUGAUGUCAUAAUAUAUACGUAUAUAAUUCUUCGGAGUUGCGCGAAAUCCGCUCGCCGCGUGCAAGUUUAUUGGUUUAUUAUAGUUAUUAGAUAUGUUAUAGGUAUGUUGGCAAGUGCAUUAACUUUUUUACAAUUCGUUGGCGGCUGCGGUAUUUAAUGAAGAACGGCCGGGCGCGGUUUACUUAAUUGCGCUAUUUAGAGUAUUCUGGAACGAAUGAAACUGUAUAGUGUUAGCAUGAAACAUGCUAAUUCCCGCUGCGAAAAGUGCAAGGUGCAACUACUAAGUACGUGUUUGGCGCGAAUUCUGAAAUAUGCUGCUCUUCGUAAAGGACGACGAAUUAUAUAUACAGAUUACUAUAUUAUAUUAUGUAACAUUGUGCAACCGUUACCAAAGGUUGAGCGAUGGUUAGAUUAUUAAUUUAAUUGUGAAAACUUGAGAAAAAAAUUCCUUAAAUAAGGAAUGACAAAUCUAUAUUUAUAGCACAGUGCGGCUAAAAUCCGCUUUUAAGUUGCACCUAUAUUUUUGACUAAAGUAGUCCUUUUUUGCACUGUGUUUAUCGCACGAGCGUAGCGAGUAAGUACCUCACGGUGCAAAUAAGGAUACUUUAGUCACGAACAGGCGUGACUUGCGGAUUUUAGCAGUCCGUGCUAUAAAAUUUUAUAUACAAUACUUGCUCACAGCCUAUAUUGCGUUCUAGGUAAUGCAUUACCUGACUAAGAAAACAUUAUUAUUCACACGAUGAAUUUAUCUUAUUUUUAAAUAUUUCAGUUUUUCCAUUUUUAUCAGAUCAGCACAUUUCUUAUACUUUUUUAGAAGCUGUAAUAUUUGCGAUUGAAUUUUAAAACCUUUUCCUAUAGCUAUUAUAUAACAAACAUCAAAUACAGAACAUACAGCGAGCCAACAAAAUAAUGACACACACGGUUUGUUUUUUAUAUGCAGUCAAAACUUAAUUAUUAAUCAAAUUAUUAACAGUAGAGUAAAACAAGCUAUUUUGAACGUCCUGUUUCGGUUGCGCUGGCCUUGAUACCUCGGAGCUUCAUAAACUCGACGUAAACUGACCAUAAAGGAGUUCAAUCGAUAAGUUGAAGGAAUUCAGACUACGCAGUACGCGGAGGUUCGUGGAAUAAUAAUCGAGUUUCGGCACGCAAAUGCAACUACGAUUGCUGUAAUAUCAAAUAAUUAAAGGAUAUUUUUGAAGACCACAUCGCUUCAGCGGACAGUAUAAAAUUUCGAAUCUAAUGUGAGUCACGAUCAAUAGCGGAACAAUUAAAGCGUGAGUUUUUUCGUGACGUCACCGUGAUAUCAUGGCAUGUUUCGUACCUUGGCCUCGCGUCAUGGGUAUAGUCAUAGUUUUUAAUAUUUCUCAAUUUUGCCCCUGGACGUCUGAUGCUCAAUGCCAAAAAGGAGAAUAAUGAGUCUAACGACUGUCAGAGCUUGCUUUGUAUUGCGCCAAAAAAGAAUAGUGCGUUGAAGAACAAAAAUACUUCGAAAAUUACAGAAAUUAAUAUAGACAUUUUUAUACAGGAGCUAUUACAUGAAUACUGUUCGUACUUUUGGCUGAUGAAAAUGCAAAUAAAAAGCGUAUAUCAUCGAUAUAUACCUAUAUGUAUAAUGUGUAUAUUCAGGCACCUGAUCACACAGUAGUGUAAAGCAGACGUAUUUAUUCAACCUAUUUUUAACGUCUAAUAAUAAUGUUUGCAUAAAUUAGAGUAUAAGACAGUAUUAGUACAAGAUACACCUCUGUGAGACCAUCGAGAAUCACAAUUCUUCCGAUCACAAAUCUAUAGAGCCGGCGAAUGCAUGAUCUUAUAAAAUCAUUAGUAAUGCAUCCGCAAAAAUAUUGUACACUGCAAUGCUACCAGCAGGAAAAGUAUGUAAAUGCAACAUUUUGCAGGAAAUGUGUCAGUAUCCGUCGGAUUUAAUCAAAGUCCUCGUCGACAAUUUAAGCUAUAGCUAUAAAUAGUACAACAAUUAUUAAUCGCGAAUUUUUCUCGAGCUACAAAACAUAUUAGUCAUUUUGCCUUGAAACAUGCGUUAAAAAUUACAAUACAGUCUUUGCGGCGAAAACUGAAUUACGCUAGUCUUCGCCGCGUGCUACGAAAUGUGCUAUAGCUAUGGGUUGUUGGUUCACGGGCCGGAGCAAAAAGCAAACUUCUACAUACAAGCCGCGCAUAUCGCUCGCGUCUUUCCGGCAACUCUCGGCACUUGGGUCUUUCCCACUUCUCUUCUCUCGUCGCUUUGAUGCGGCGGCGGCGCGCGCGCAUUCCCUUUCUCUCUCUCUCUCUCUCUCUCUCUCUCUCUCUCUCUCUCUUUCUAGACCGUAUACACACACACUCACAGGACACAGAUAUAGUUCUACCUACUCCGUGUGCUAUACGGCAAAGCGUUCCCCUUCUCUUCACCGAUGACGUAGCCGCCUAGGCGGCCGGCGGCAAUCCGGCGCCUCUGCCACAAUGAACAGUCACUCGCGACGCGCGAUCCCGGACACACAGUUCCCGAAUUCGAUUACAUCAACUUCGCUCAACCGCCCAUCAAAAUGGUUAUCCAAGUCAAGACCGCCGAAGAACUUAAGACCAAGCUCACUGAAGCUGGCGAAAAGCUGGUUGUCAUCGACUUCUUUGCAACAUGGUGUGGACCAUGCAAAAUGAUUGCCCCCAAGCUUGAUGAACUUUCUCAGGAACUGACCGAUGUUGUCUUCCUGAAAGUUGACGUUGAUGAGUUGGAAGGUGUAGCUGAGGAAUACGAUGUCAACAGCAUGCCUACCUUUGUAUUCAUCAAGAAUGGCAGUGUUCUGGACAAAUUCUCUGGAGCCAACAUUGAAAAAGUCAAGCUUACUGUACAAAAACACAAGUAGUUUAAACAUAUCCAUAUUGUUAUCGAUCACGAAUUUGUCAAAUAUGCAAUGAUUAUUCAACUAAAUCACAAAUUUUAACGAAGUUUUGCUUGUAAACCAAACGCAAGUUUAAAUAGUUUGCAAGUUCAAAUGUGGCAUAAUGUUUAGGCCACAUUAUUGUCGAAUUUAUUAAAUUUUUUUAAAUGUGACGUGCUCACUCUAUAAUAAUCACCGUAAUAUACAAAUACACAAUUAUUUUUUGAAAUUCUUUUUACUGCCAACCUUGAUCAUGAUGAAUUCUAAACAAUACAUUAUUUUAUUUUUAUACAAUAAAAUUAAAAUUUAUUAGAAA